AUGUCAGCCGAAUGGGCCUUAGCAGACAAAGGAGGGCACUCGGGUACUGCUGUUCCCUGUGGGCCCAAGGGCUGUGACCUCCAUUUGGAUAUCGGGGACCACAUGGUGAGAUCUCCAGAGGCCAGAGAGCCCUGGAGCCGCUGCCAGCAUCCCUGCUGUCCUACCCACUUCCUCUCCCAGCAUCAUCCAGCCAGCCCUCGUGUUUGCAGAUACUGCCCAAGCCUCUGCCGAGCUGUGUCACCUGGAGCCUUCAUCUCUCUUAUCUCUCACACAAAGCUUUCUGUGGAUGACGAGUGGAACCUGCAGCAGGGGAGGAUGUACAGGAUGCACUGGGACCAUGAGUCCAUGCACGUGGAGAUGAUCUUGAUCUUCCUCUGCGCCCUGGUCAUCGCCCAGAUAGUGCUGGUGCAGUGGAGACAGAGGCAUGGCCGCUCCUACAACCUGGUGACCCUGUUGCAGAUGUGGGUCGUCCCUUUGUAUUUCACGAUAAAACUUUACUGGUGGCGAUUUUUGUCUAUGUGGAGAAUGUUCUCAGUUAUUACCAGCUACAUCCUCUUCAGAGCUACCCGAAAACCCCUCGCGGGGAGAACACCACAAUUGGUCUACAAAUGGUUUCUUCUAAUCUACAAACUCAGCUAUGCAUUUGGUGUUGUGGGUUAUUUGUCUAUCAUGUUUACAAUGUGUGGAUUCAAUUUAUUUUUCAAAAUCAAGGCUAGAGAUUCCAUGGAUUUUGGCAUCGUGUCCUUGUUCUAUGGCCUCUACUAUGGAGUAAUGGGGAGAGACUUUGCAGAGAUCUGCUCGGAUUACAUGGCUUCUACUAUAGGGUUCUACAGCAUCAGUGGGAUGCCCACCAGGAGCCUGUCAGAUGACAUCUGCACCGUCUGUGGGCAGAAGAUCAUCAUGGAGCUCGAUGAAGAAGGGCUCAUCGAAAACACCUACCAGCUUUCGUGCAAGCAUGUCUUUCAUGAAUUCUGCAUCCAAGGUUGGUGUAUUGUUGGUAAAAAGCAGACGUGCCCUUACUGCAAAGAGAAGGUCGAUUUGAAGAGGAUGAUCAAUAACCCCUGGGAGCGCACACACUUCUCAUACGGACAAAUCCUGGGUUGGCUUCGUUAUCUGGUGGCCUGGCAACCCGUGGUGAUGGGAAUCGCCCAAGGCAUUAACUAUCCCCUCGGGCUGGAGUAG